GCACUUGUCUGGCUGUGGCAACUGCGGCCAGACAGAACACAGGCAAGCGUGAGUGAGAGAGAGGGAGUGAGCUAGAGAGGGAGAGUGGAAGUUACCCAUCUCAAGUCAAGAAUUCAAUUAUCAGAGUCAAAACACAUGAGGAUAUUGGAAGACAAAAACGCAGUGAAUUUGGGGAAAUAGAAAUACUUAGGACGCAAUGAUGACCCAAAUAGAGACAACGGUGCAUUAUGAUAACGGAUUCGGAGAUGAGGAGGACUACAUGAUACAGGAGGAUGAGUGGGACAGGGACAUGUUGCUGGACCCUGCCUGGGAAAAACAGCAAAGAAAGACCUUCACAGCUUGGUGUAAUUCCCACCUGCGGAAAGCAGAAACACAGAUUGAGAACAUUGAGGACGACUUCAGGAAUGGCCUCAAACUCAUGCUUCUCUUGGAAAUAAUUUCAGGUGAGAGGUUACCUAAGCCCGACAGAGGGAAGAUGCGUUUUCACAAGAUUGCCAAUGUCAACAAAGCCCUAGACUUCAUCACCAGCAAGGGAGUGAAACUCGUCUCUAUUGGAGCUGAAGAAAUUGUGGAUGGUAACAUUAAGAUGACUCUGGGAAUGAUAUGGACCAUCAUCCUCCGCUUUGCCAUCCAGGACAUCUCUGUAGAAGAAACCUCUGCAAAGGAAGGCCUUCUCUUGUGGUGUCAGAGAAAGACUGCCCCCUACAGAAAUGUCAAUGUCCAGAACUUCCACAUUAGCUGGAAGGACGGACUGGCCUUCUGCGCCCUGAUUCACAGACACAGACCUGACCUUAUCGACUAUGCUAAGCUCAACAAGGAUGAUCCUAUGGGGAACCUGAACCUGGCCUUUGAAAUAGCAGAGAAGCACCUGGAUAUUCCUAAGAUGCUGGACGCAGAAGACAUCAUCAACACUCCUAAGCCUGAUGAGAGAGCUAUCAUGACCUAUGUUUCCUGCUUCUAUCAUGCUUUUGCUGGAGCUGAGCAGGCUGAGACAGCAGCCAACAGGAUCUGUAAAGUGCUGGAUGUGAACCAGGAGAAUGAGAAACUUAUGGAGGAAUACGAGAGGCUGGCCAGCGAGCUACUGGAGUGGAUCCGCCGGACCACCCCAUGGCUAGAGAAUAGGGCAGCAGAGAAGACCAUGGUUGAGAUGCAGAGGAAGCUGGAGGAUUUCAGGGACUACCGCCGCAUGCACAAGCCCCCCAAGGUGCAGGAGAAGUGUCAGCUGGAGAUCAGCUUCAAUACCUUGCAGACCAAGCUGCGCAUAAGCAACCGGCCUGCUUUUAUGCCUUCUGAAGGAAAGAUGGUAUCUGACAUAGCCAGUGCAUGGCAGGGGCUGGAGGGGGCUGAGAAAGGUUAUGAGGAGUGGAUUCUGACUGAGAUCCGCAGGCUGGAGAGACUGGACCACUUGGCUGAAAAGUUUUGCCAGAAAGCCACCACCCAUGAGACCUGGGCUAGUGGUAAAGAGCUAAUUCUAUCUCAGAAGGACUAUGAGACUGCCACCCUGACGGAGGUGCGGGCAUUGCUAAGGAAACAUGAGGCAUUUGAGAGUGACCUGGCUGCUCACCAGGACAGGGUGGAGCAGAUCGCUGCCAUCGCACAGGAGCUCAAUGAGCUGGACUAUCAUGGUGUGGCUUCUGUCAACAAGAGGUGUCAGAGCAUCUGUGAUCUGUGGGAUCAACUUGGUACAUUGACCCAGAAGAGGAGAGAGGCUUUGGAGAGGACAGAGAAGCUGCUGGAAACCAUUGAUCAGUUGUUCCUGGAGUUUGCCAAGAGAUCAGCACCUUUCAACAACUGGAUGGAAGGGGCUAUGGAGGAUCUGCAGGAUAUGUUUAUUGUACACACGAUCGAUGAGGUCCAGAGCCUGAUAUCUGCCCAUGAGCAGUUCAAGGCCACCCUCCCAGAGGCAGACGGAGAGAGACAGGCCAUCCUGGGGAUCCACAACGAGGUGCAGAAGAUCUCCCAGAGCUACGGCAUCAAGGCCAACCUCCUCAACCUCUACAGUACCAUCACCACAGAGGAGCUCCUCGCCAAGUGGGACAAGGUGAAGAAGCUUGUUCCCCAGAGAGAAGGCUCCCUCCAGGAGGAGCUAGCCCGACAGCAUACUAAUGAAAGGUUGAGACGGCUGUUUGCUACCCAGGCUAACCUCAUAGGACCCUGGAUACAGACAAGGAUGGAGGAGAUUGGGCACUGCUCCCUGGAGGUGGGCGGUACAUUGGAGGACCAGAUGACCCAGCUGAAGCAGUUUGAGCACAUCAUCGUUACCUACAAGCCCAACAUCGACAAGCUGGAGGGAGACCACCAGCACAUCCAGGAGUCCCUGGUGUUUGACAACAAGCAUACCAACUACACCAUGGAGCACAUCCGUGUGGGCUGGGAGCUCCUCCUCACCACCAUCGCCCGCACCAUCAACGAGAUCGAGACCCAGAUCCUGACCCGCGACGCCAAGGGCAUCAGCCAGGAACAGAUGCACGAGUUCCGCUCCUCCUUCAACCAUUUUGACCGGGAAAACUGGGAGGAGAUCAAGACCUGUCUGAUCAGCCUUGGUCAUGUGGGCAAUGAACAUCAGAAGAAACACGGGGCGAUGGACACUGAUGACUUUAGGGCCUGUCUGAUCUCCAUGGGUUAUGAUUUGGGUGAAGUGGAAUUUGCCCGUAUCAUGAUGCUGGUUGACCCCAGUGCCACUGGCAUGGUCUCUUUUCAAUCAUUUAUCGAUUUUAUGACCAGAGAAACCGCUGACACGGACACCGCCGAGCAGGUUGUGGCAUCCUUCAGGAUCCUGGCAGCCGAUAAGCCCUACAUCCUGGUUGAGGAGCUGAGGAGAGAGCUCCCCCCUGACCAGGCAGAGUAUUGCAUCUUGAGGAUGCCCCGCUACAGUGGCCCAGGGGGAUCCGCAGGGGCACUAGACUACACCGCCUUCUCCACUGCCCUCUAUGGAGAGAGUGACCUCUAACCCUGCAAGAUGAUACCCAAAAGUGACCUCUUGACCCCACCUAAUACGUCUGGAUGAAAUUCCCUUUAACCAAACACACAAAUGAGUGGCGGUUACCUAUGUUAGAGUCACAAUAGGUAGAUA